AUGAGCUACUUUGAGCGAGCCACGGCGGUGGAGCUCUUCGAGGAGUUUGAUCGCGCUCACCCGGACCUGGAGUUCUUCCGACAUGUCUGGGUCGACUUCUCAGGAAUCUUGCGUCAACGCAUUCUGACCAGGUCGUAUUGUCGUCAAAUUUACAGCGCCAACCGCCGAUAUGGAGUGGGACCGGCUGUGAUGAGGAAGAACAUCACCCACACGAGCGCCCAAGGCUUUUGCACCAAGCAGCAGGUCUGUCACAUGGUUCCAGAUUGGUAUUCGGUGCGGACAUGUCACUUUUCGCCCGGACAUGCGUGGGUAAUGUGUUUCGCAUACUGUGCCGAGGAAGCAGAUCCAUUCUUCCAAUGUCCUCGCUAUGCCUUGGCCCGUGUGAUCGAGAGAGUUGAAUCGGAGCUUCCCGGGGCAGAUGUUCUGUUCGGUUGUGAAACCGAGUUCAUUGUGUUGGACCUGUCGUUACAGGCUCUCCAGUCGCCCGACAAUGUGGUCGGAUGGUGCACAAUGACCGGGCUUCGAGACCGAAAACUGGAGAUGCUGGCGGACAUCGUCCGCGUGCUGCAAAAGUCAGACAUCGGCGUCACCCAUUUCCACUGCGAGGAGCCUCAGCAGCUCGAGCUCUCGACAUUUCCGUUCCCGCCCAUGCAGGCUGUUGACAACCUAUACUACACCCAAGAAUGUCUGCGGGUGAUCGCCCUUCGUUAUGGCUAUCGAGCCACUGUGGCUAUCAAGCCACUUCCGCCGCCACAUGAGACGACGAGCACUGUUGGCUUGCACUUUUCGCUCUCCGGCAUCGCCACCACAGAACAGGACCAUUUUCUCGCCGGCGUUCUCAACCAACUGUCCGUGAUCGCACCAUUUGCUAUGCCAACGCAUGACAGUUAUCACCGGACGAGCGUUGAUCGCUACGGCACUUGGAUCUGUUGGGGCACCGAGAAUCGUGAUGUUGCCAUCCGCAGGAUCAAGGAUGGGCACUGGGAGUUGCGUCUGAGCGAUGCCACAGCCAAUUUCUUCCUCCUGGGAACCAUCCUCCUUAGCGUUGGCCUCGACGGGGUGUUGGCGAAGCAGAUCCUCUCUAUCAGAGACCUGAGGUCUCCCUCGACCCAGGUGUCAUCCGAGGUCCUGGAGGCUCACGGCAUCCGAGAACGGCUCCCGUCCACUUUCCGCAAUUCGCUCGAGCUUGUCAGGAAAUCAGACUACACCGAAAAGCUUCUGGGUCACGACAUGAAGGGCCUUUGGCUUGCAAUAAAGGAGUUGGACGAGGAUGCCCUUUGCCGGAUGAGUGAUGAGGAGAGACGGAAGGCCUAUCUUCAGCAUUUCUGA